UUAUCAGCAAUAAUAGAUACGUCGUUGAAACGAGCUGCUUUUCCUUUAUUAUUAUCCGUACACCGAACUCUGUACCGGUACGCUCAACCCUUCUUCCAUUUACCCCAACUGUUCCACGUACACGUAGACGUACCCACCUACCCAAACAAGAGACAACCCCGUGAGAGCGGGAUUGUCGAGAGAAAAAAGGGACAAAAGCAAAGCAAAAAAAGAAAGGGCGAAACUCUCCCUUCUCUCUUUCGAAAGUGUCUCAAAACGGGACAGGAAAAGAAGGAGGAAAGACAAACGAGAGGGAAAGGGAGAGAUAAUCUUCUUGCUUGUAGGUCGAGUCGAACAGGCAAGAGAACGAAGAACUGGGUCCCUCGACCUUCUGAAAUCGCUGGCUGUGGCCGGGCUUGGCUCCUGUUCCCCGACCCGAUGGGUGGUAGUCAGCUGAAAGCUCGCCUGGUCGCCAAGUUCUCUAGGAGGAACUCAACAGCCAGCUCCAUCACUUCUGCCCAGAGCGACAUCCGCCGCCAUUCUCAGCCUGACGCAGACGAGACCAGGAGCGUUUCUUCUGAGGCUGGUGAUGCGAAACCCACUGACACCCCAAAUACACGUCAGCCAUCACAACAUCAACUAGAAGAACAUCAACAAAAUAUUGAAGACCAUUACCACUACCACUCGGAGGAGCAGCAUCUUACAAAUAUUGAUAUUCGCGCAAGCACGACAAGAGACAGCACUAGCAGCGGCAGCACCUCGACUACGACUACGAAAGCCAGUAACGAUGGCUCCUCCCCGCUGGUAGGGCCAAGCCGAGACACGAACGGCGAGCUUUGGCAGCGACCCACGUCAACGGCUAGUGGUGUUCCUGGAAAAGAUCUGCGCCCCUCCGCUACAGUUACCGCUACCGCUACCGCUACCGCUACUCCCACCGCGAACGCUCCCUUUCCUCUGCCAAGCAUCGACGAAUUCCAUUCUCUGCCAUCCGCUAGCAUCGAAGAACCCCCAUUUCCUUCCGCCGACGUCCCUCUGACACCCCCUACCUCAUCAUCCUCCGCCGCCUUCUCCAGGCCACCCGCUCCGCCACGCCGACAGAGCCUCUUGCCGCACCGACAAACUACCCUCAUCAAGACUCUGCUCGACGCUUCUCCCCCAGAGGCCCACGAGGCCGACGUUGCCAGCCCCUCGACCUUACGGGCAAUAAACCCCAACAUGGUAUCGCGGAAGGUCUGGGUCAAGCGGCCGGGCGCCUCGGCUACCCUCAUCACCGUCAACGAGGACGACCUCGUCGACGAUGUUCGCGAUAUGAUUCUGAAAAAAUACCCCAAUUCGCUUGGCAGAUAUCUGGAUGCUCCGGAUUUGACACUUCGCAUCUGCCCACGAGAGCACCGGCAAGAGAGGACCCUAGGGCCCGAAGAGCCCAUGGGCCGCACCCUUGACGCCUACUUCCCCGGCGGCCAAACUGUCGACGAGGCCUUGGUCAUCGACGUACCUACUCGCCGCACCCCCCGGCCAUCACCACGAUCCGAUCCACCCCACGCCGCGGCCGUCUAUUUCGCGACCGAGGACGGAAGGCCACCAGAAGGCGCGGAAGGCUACUUCCCCCCGUUCGGCUCCAUGCCGUCUCCCAACCUUGCUGUCCCCGUUGUCGCGCCGGUCAAUUCCCAUUCUCAACCACCGGCACACGUACCUCACUCCAUGGUUGUUUUGGGCACCGGCCAGAUCCCUCCCGUUCCCUCUCCCGGCGGCGGCACCUGGUCUCGCACCUACAGGGACCGUCCCGAACGACCGCGUCCCGGCAAGACGCACACCGCAUCCCCGACCACCAACGUCAACGGACCGGUACAACCCAUCGCGGCUGCUGCCGGGCACACUCCACAUGCCUCUUUUCAUCCGAGGGCUCCCCCCUCCCGGGCACACUCUACUGCAUCCGGGGAGACGACAAUGCAACCCGCCGCCCCCGCCAUUCCCACGCCACCCGCGCCCGAGACCCAGCAAAUUCAACGAGCCGCCACACCUCCGCCGAGACUCUCGUCGCCCCGCCCGGCCAGCGCGCGGCCCAAGAAGGUCAAGAAAAUGGACCACCCCGUGCUCCCGCCCGGCAUGCUGAACGGCGGCGUCCCUCCCAUCAACGUCUUGAUCGUGGAAGACAACCCCAUCAACCUGAAACUUCUGGAAGCCUUCGUCAAGCGGUUAAAGGUUCGCUGGAAGACCGCCAUCGAUGGCCGGGAUGCGGUGAACAAGUGGAAGAACGGAGGCUUCCAUCUCGUCUUGAUGGACAUCCAGCUGCCUGUCAUGAAUGGACUCGACGCGACCAGGGAAAUCCGCCGACUGGAGCGCGUCAAUUCCAUUGGCGUCUUCUCGUCGGCGUCGAGUGAAGUCGAAACCGUCAAGGGCGAGCUCGAGGAGAAGGACCGCUUGGAGAACGUGGAAAUGUUCAAGAGCCCGGUCAUCAUUGUCGCCCUCACGGCCAGUUCUCUCCAGAGCGACAGGCACGAGGCCCUGGCUGCCGGUUGUAAUGAUUUCUUGACCAAGCCCGUAAACUUUGUCUGGCUCGAGAGGAAAGUCAUGGAGUGGGGUUGUAUGCAGGCCCUCAUCGACUUUGACGGAUGGAGGAAGUGGAAGGAUUUCUCGCAGGAGGGAGAUGACACCGAAGUGAAGAAGACGUCGGCCGCGAAAGCCAAAGCGAAGAAGAAUCGAUUAUCCAUGGCAACAGCACAUGCAUGAUGGAACAGUUCGGGAAUUGGGCAAUUCAGAUGUCCACGGAAAAUCUUCUUUUACGCAAAGACUUCCCGGUUUAUCUCGUCGCCGACGACGGAAACUCCUGUGGACUUGUCGAUUCCCACUAAAGACAUCCUUCGGGGAAAGAAAAACACGAGUUAGCUUUGCUUUCGGGGGGAUUUUUUUUUGUACGAAUCAUUAGGGGAUCUACGAGUCGAUUUCUCUGAGCAGGUAAUGUAUGGCAAACGAACAGCGGCAGUAUCAUGGAAUUGUUUGCUCUGCGAGGAUUACGAGAAUCUUAAUCAACCUAUUUACGUUGAGGAGGGAACCAAGAGGAAACAUAGUGUCCUUUCGAUAGUUGAUCUAAGCCGCCGGUGGUAAUCGUGGAAUAAUAAAAGUCACAACAACCAUCAUAUUCUAUACCGGC